GCGUUUUUGGAGGCCAUGGAUUCAAUUCUGGCCCAAACGAAAAGGUUAGCGCUGGUCCAGGUCCUUGUUUUUGGCCCAAAACUCAACACCCGGCGUUUCUUUCACUACCGAGUCUACCAGUACCAUACAAAACCAACUGGAAGAAGCAAAAUGUUAAGUCGCCGAAUUCCUUCGAUGGCGGUUUCUUUCACUACAGCUCUAUCUUCACUGCGAUCUCGACCAGGGCUUUAUCUCUUCCGUACUCAAACGGCGCCUACGUCUUUCAGACCACUCUCGCUUUUCAAUAACAAAAUCGGCGUCCUCACCUUUUGUUCCAGCCCCCAAUCUUUCCCACAAAUCACCGAUUCUUCCUCGUCAGUCCCCGAAGAAUCAUCCAAACGCGGCGUCCUUAAGCCUGGCUUAUAUCUAGUGGGAACACCGAUUGGAAAUCUCGAGGAUAUCACCUUACGCGCUCUCCGGGUGUUAAGAUCGGCUGCUGUGAUACUUUCCGAGGACACGAGGCAUUCGGGGAAGUUGCUUCACCAUUACAAUAUCAAAACCCCCCUUCUGAGUUAUCACAAAUUCAAUGAAUCUCAAAGAGAACAGGCUGUGCUGAAGAGGCUGAAGCAGGGAGAAAUCGUGGCUUUAAUAAGCGAUGCGGGGACACCUGGCAUCAGCGAUCCUGGUAUGGAAUUGGCUAAGUUAUGCGUGGAUGAAAAUAUUCCUGUUAUUCCAAUCCCUGGGCCUUCUGCUCUUGUAACUGCUCUUUCUGCCUCUGGUUUGGAAAUUGAUGAAUUUACAUUUGUUGGGUUUCUUCCUAAACAUGCUGGAUUGAGAAGAGAGAGGCUGACAGUUUCUGCAAAUGAGAUGACAACCCAAAUAUUUUAUGUACCUCCACACAAGCUCCAGCAGUUUCUUGAAGAAACUUCUUUACAUUUUGGUGGCACUAGACGAUGUGUCAUAGCCCGGGAGAUGACAAAAAUGCAUGAAGAGUUUUGGCGGGGUACAUUGGCAGAAGCAAAGGAAAUGUUUUCAAGCCACCGGCCAAAGGGAGAAAUCACACUAUUAAUUGAAGGGAAGAAAAAAUCUAUGGUUGAAACUCCGUCAGAGUGUCAGCUUGAAGAUGAAUUGAGGGAUUUGAUCUCCAGUGGGCAGAGUCUUUCUACAGCUGUCAAGUUGGUGGCAGGUGGAACGUCAGUUGGUAGGAAGGCAAUAUAUUCACUUGCAUUAAGAAAAUUCGGGAAGCAGCUUGGAGCAGAGGAUGAUUUAAACUAAUGCAAACCACCCAUGAUGUUAUGCAGUCCAGUUUUGCUAGAAAUUGCUUACUUCGAUCAUGAUGUGCACCAACGUUUGCUUGAACAGUGAAAUAGGUGUUUAGCUAAUUUUUAUGGGCUUGCAUUUGAAUUUUGGACGGGUGCUAAUGGUGGAGCAGAAGCAAAGUGGCGAGCCGUUCAAGUAAAUCUCUUUCGUGCGAGUUUCAGGGCUAGAAACCUGGAAACAGGUAAUACUCAGUAUGCCAGCAAAGCUGAGACAUCUUGGAGAGGAUAUACUCUACUCCCCUCUGGAACACGCAUCUCGUUCCAUUACUGUGAGGCCCAAACAAACAAAAAUUAAAAAGGAAUGGUCCAUGACUGGUGAAUGACUGUACUACUAUGCGACGCAGUCUGAUUGUGACAGACGAUGCAAUAUGCAUGCAGAGUUGGCUUAUAUAUUAAAAAAGAGAUAUGGACAGUAAUGGUUGUUUUUUAGAAAAUGUCUUUUUUUUUAUUUUUAUUUUGGAUGCUUGUUUGUUCUUUCUUUUGAGGGAAAGUUAAGAGAGCUACGUGAGCAACACGGUCAGAAAGGCUAAAAGCUUUUCAGACAUACACGAGGAAGUCUUUAGAGCGCCAUUUUGCCACCAAGUUUCGGACGCUUUGCUCUGAUAUUAGUCGAUGUCAAUGGUCAUACUCCUAGUAAUUUAUGUCAUUUACAAUUGUUACGGAAAUAUAUGCUACCGAUGCUCUUAUUCAUAAGGAAAAGUUUAGUUGCAAA